UUGGACAGCGAGGGAUUUAGGGAAAUUGUUGAUCCCAUUUAUAAUGCCCUUGGUAUGAACCCAAUCACAUCGAGGAACAUUAUGAGCUUCGUGUCCGUAAGAGAACAGGCCAUCAAAGACGGCAUAAGGGCUUUAGUCAAUGGAAAACUGUUGUCGCUAAAAAUCGACGUGGCAACUAGAAUGGACAAAGCAAUUCUAGGUAUAAAUCUGCAAAUUAUUCACACAAAUGUAAAUAAGUCGGAGAUUGUUGUCAAGACGUUGGGCAUGAUCCAGCUCACUUAUUCACACACUGGGGUCUACAUUAGAGACAAAAUUUUAGAAAUUCUUGACGAUUAUGGGAUAACUCUGGAUCAAAUCUUCAGUGUUACCUCUGACAAUGGGAGAAACAUGGUCAAAGCCAUAGAAAUUCUUAAUGACGACACGGAGGAGUCCCUUUUUAAAGAUGACACUGAGAGUGAAAAAUUUAUGGAUAAGCUUGAUGACCUGAAUUUGGCAAAUAUUCAUCUUGUACGAUGUGCUGCGCACACUCUUCAACUAUGCGUAUAUGAUGUUAACAAGCUGGAUGAGAUUAGCGAAAAAAUUAGUAUCUGCCGCAAAUUAUGCAAAACAUUGCGCACUGAAACUUAUAGGUAA